AUGACCGACGUCCUUUACCCUGUGGGAAAGAUCCUCACCUUGGAUGCCAACCUCAAUCCCGCUUCCAGCGAUCAGCAGACGACCAUACAACUGAGGAUAAUACGACAACAGCUCCCAUAUACAUUAUCCAGCGGAUCAGUGGUGGAGGAAGUGUCAGACCUCCUGGACAAGACGGAGGGUAACAUUUAUUUUCUCAAAAUGUUUGAUCGGAGAUCUGCGGAGCAGCUUCGCGAAGAUAGCUGGGUCGAACCAUGGUCCGAAGAUCUCGAGAACAACUUCACGGAAGGCAUAAAAUCUGGAAAGGUGGAGAAACUUUUGGAAAAUUUACGAACAAUACCGAAUUACAAACGGGAAACCGAGGACGACUGGGACGCAGCUGAAGAGGAGGCCGAUGUUGUUCAUCAACUACAAAACCUCUAUAAAGAUGAAGUGGCAACAUAUCUUCGUCUCGCAUCAUACCAAGGAAUUUGUAUUCCUCGUCUUUUGGGCACUGUCACCUUCGACAUGUCACCCCCCAAUGUGGCUCUCACUGAACAACAACGCGAGCUCUACCAACAAAAGGGAAUCAUUUUGGAGUAUCUUCGUGGUUUCACCCUCAGAGACAUGAUCCAUAGGGCAGCUGCUGUGGCAUGGCAAGAUAUCUUCGAUCAAGCUAUCAAGAUAGUUGAUAUCCUUGGCGACCACAACAUUCUCAACAAAGACGUCCGGCUUGAAAACUUCAUGGCUGUUCCCAGGCCAAACAAAUAUCAGGUUUUCAUGAUAGAUUUUGGUCUAUGCAGGUUUCGCGGCGAUGAUGAAUCUGAUGAGGAAUGGGGGCGAGACAAGUGGAUGGAGGAUGAAGACGGGUAUGUGGGACAAAUCCUGGGCAGGGACUUCAGGAAGAUCGGAUUUGAGUUUCGUUAUAAUAAGUCGUAUAGGUGGUUUGAAUGGGCUCCAGGAGAAGACUGGUAG